AUGAAUCCAGCACUGCGCGCACUCAAGAACACGAUCCGCAAGGACAUGCGACAGAAGCUCGCUGCCCUCACCCCCGACGAGAUCAAGCGCCAAUCCGCCAUGGUGACAGAGAAGCUCUUGAACAUGCCUGUCUUCAAAACCAGCCAGAAUAUCAGUGUUUACAUCAGCAUGCACGGUGAGGUCUGCACCCAAGAGAUCAUCAAGACCGUUCUCGACCAAAAAAAGAACUGCUACGUCCCAAGAUGCAAGGGCCCAAUCAUGGAUAUGGUCAAGAUUGAAUCGUGGGAAGAUUAUCUGUCCCUGCCCAAGAACAGCUGGAACAUCCCGGAGCCAACCCAGGACUACCCCAGAGAAAACGCACUGGAGACUUUGCACGGGCUGGAUUUGAUUGUCAUGCCUGGAUUGGCGUUUGACAGGACAGGAACGCGUCUUGGUCACGGUCGAGGAUACUAUGAUACAUAUCUCAUCAAGGCGAACGAGUACAACAAAAGUGUCGGUCGUCCACCCGUAGCAACAGUGGCACUUUCGUUGACAGAGCAGAUGGUUGACACCCUUCUACCCAGAUGCGAAACGGACAUCAACCCUGAGCAAAUCCUGCACCCUUGA